CCUAGGACUAAGAAGGAAGUCGCCCUACUCAUCGAAACCGUUUCACGUGGCAAACUGCUUCCAAAGCACGAAAGCGCUUGGUACUCCUUUGGCUUUGUCUGCACUACGACUGAAGAAAACGAGCGAUACCUUGCAGGUCUCUACGCCGCCCUCAUCCAGGAAGCAGACAAUCCAGAAAGCUUCGGUGAGCUCUGGCACACUCUAGAAACGAGUAAUCUAGUAAAUCUAUUCGACACAAAGGGAUAUGCAAACUUCCGCGACCUUUCCCCCCACUUGGAAGCCUUCCUCGCCUCACCAGCCGAGCAGCUCCCCACGGUAUGGCGUCUGAAGCAGUUCGUUCACGAUGCCGAGAACACGGAUCCACCAGCUAGCCUCCAGCGUGACUACGGCUUCAAGUACUGCAGGCAUAGAGAUGAAGUUAUGCGUCUUAAGUUCAUAUACAGCAAGAUGUUUGAGAAGAUGGAGAUGAUGGAUGUACAUGGUGCUUGCGUGCAUGGCAGGCUGUACGAGACUGCUGUACGCAAGGGAGUAUCUAUUUGGUCUGAGGAUGAGAGGCUCAUGAAGAAUGACUAUCCUUCGCCCUUUGUAGGAUUUGAGAGCACGGCUGGACUGGGGAAUUAUCGGAAGCCGUUGUUUAAGAAGCAGUUGAAG